AAAACUAGUGUAGGCAUUUUAUUUGGACUCGGUUUGAUGUAAGCGGGCAGCAAUUUCAAAAAACAUAAAUUAAUGGAUAUUACAGUUUGUAGUGGCAAAAUUUAAUAAGCAGUAUCAUUACGAAGUUGGAUAGAGCGACAGACAGAGAAAAAAUGGCAGUGGAGACGAACUUGGGAACCUUGUUAGAGAAAUUGAAAGUGGAAGAACCAUGGCUCCCUCCUGUCACUUGGGAAUCCAUUCCUUCUCAAAAUGUGUCCUCUUUCCGUCCUCCUCCUAAUUCCUCUCCUCUCAAACAUACCUCAUCCUCUCUCUCCGAGGCAAGUUUAGUAAGAUUAGCAUUAAAUGCUAUGCAAGGUGUGGAAUCAGCCCUUACUAGUAUUCAAAAGCUUUCUUCCGCCUUUUCUUCUGAUCCAGCUGAUAGAUCCCACCAUCAAAUUCCCAGUCUAUGGAAUCGGUCUUCUAGUACUCAUGCAUUGGGAAGGAUUCUCAACUCUAUAGGCUGCUUUGGUUCUCUGGUUUUUCUUCUCCGUAAAUUUGUAGAUAAUCUUACGCAUAUCGAGUUGGAGCAAAUUCACUAUGACCAUGAUACGCAGAAGGAACAGCAUUUGUCUUACACUCUAGUUAAUCAGGCAUUUGCUGUUGCUGUAGGAAAGGUUUUAGAAGGAUAUGUAUGUGCUUUGAAUACAGUGUAUGCAUCGGCAAGAUUGAGGCAUUCAUCAACAGUUGAUGUUGAGUAUUAUGAGGAAGCAUGCCUCACUAGCAUAGUGCAUUCUAAAGUUACACUACUAGAGUUGUAUUUGCACACUAAGGAAUUGAGGUGUCAGAUUGAAGCUCUGGGAAAUAUAUGCAACUUAUAUGAUGUAGCACUUUGCUUCUCAGUGUCUUCUCUUGAGGAUUUAAAUGCUAAAGCUGUCUUCGAAUUUUCUAACUUCUAUAGAGGAGGAGAUCUUCUUUCUUAUUUAUAUACGCAACUGCAGGUUGCUGAUCCCCCGCACCGUGCUAUACUCAACUUCCUCUUUCUUCGCUCAUUUGAACCAUAUUGUGGAUUGAUAAGGUCAUGGAUAUUUAGUGCUCAGACUAGUGAUCCAUAUAAGGAGUUUAUAGUAGAAUGUGGAGAUAAACAGCCACCUGAUCUGCAUUGUAAAGCUGGCAUCCCUUUUGACUUCCCGUGGGCUAGUAUUCGGGAUGGAGUAGCUAUACCAUGUUUUCUGAAGGACUUUUUGAUUCCAAUUAUUAGGGCUGGUCAGCAGCUUCAAGUAUUAAUGAAGUUGCUUGAAUUGUGCAAUUAUGCUGGCCCUGGUGAACAUACUUAUGAGGAUUUGCUUCCGAGUUUCAAUGGAUAUACAAGUGACAAUUUGUUUCAUGCAUCUCCUGUGACCUUCAGCAAAGGACAUUUCGAGGCUAUGGUAAAAGUAAGAAACAACUAUUACAAAAAAAUGUUGGAGAAACUUGGAAACGUGUUAGCCAAACUGGAGCUUAGGUACCAACAGGUAGUCCCAGAUGUUAUUGUACCUAUCUACUUUGACAAUAGUGGAGGGGGAUUAAACAAUGAAGUCUCGUUCACUUUAAAUGAUGGUUUAAAUGUCUCUUCAGCAUCUGAUAAGUCGAACUCAUAUCUGGCUGUAGAUAAAGUUGGUUCAUAUUCCUCCAGUACAAGAGAUGAAUCAUAUGGGUCGAAUGCAUCUGAGGCUUCUGAAUGUUCUUCUUUAAGUGGUUCUGAAGAGGAAACUGAGACAGAGCUACUGGCUGAGAAUUCUAAUAGUUUGGUUGGACAUGAGCAUAAGUAUUUUUCUUCCUUAAGGUUUUCCACAACCACAAGUAGCCCAGUUAAUAAUACAUUACAAAGUUCUAUUCAGUGUCAAAGCUCACAUGAUAUGGAAAGCAAUAUACCUGAAAAUUGUCCAAAGAAUUAUGUGCUUGGCCAUUUUGUGCAAUCCUAUUGUAAGAAAAAAUCUACGAGUCACAUGUUUGUUCCUCUAGGUCUGGAGGAUUCAAACUUGUCAUAUACUAAUAGGUUAACUGCUAAGAGCUGGCCACUUGUAAAUAAUACUUUCUACGACGAUCAAGGGUUUAAGCAUUACCAGGGGCAACCUCAAGGUUACACAGCCCUAGCAGCAACCAAAACAAAUACAGAGUCCAUAAAUGAAGGUGUACCUUAUUUUAGAAAAAUGACUUCUGCCAAAGAUUGUUCAAUAGAAGCCUUGGGGAAGGAUCAACUUGAAAAUGCUUUCCAUACUGCAGAUUUAUUUACGUUGCAUCCGUGGAAGGAUAAUCAUAGCAGCAAUUUUCUUAGCAAAAAUCCAAUGCUGAGAAAAAAUGUUUUCUUUAACCCAAUGAGCAAACCUGGACAGGAAUUCAGCUUAGUUUAUGGACAAUCAUUACCGUGCUUUGAUUUUUUAAAUGUAGAAGACCCUUGCAAAGUAUAUGUUGAGAAGUUAGCUGCCAAUUCAAGACACAGCCUCAUAAACAAUGGAGAUAGUUCUGAUGCUGCUGGAAAGAGUCAUGAGAGAAGGAAACAAGAUAACGAUGGACAUAGUAUCUUUAUAAAUAAUGAUAAAAUGGCUUCCCCUUUCUCGUCCUUAUACUUGAAGAAACAAGGCCAAGAAGCUCUUGUUUCAAAAGAUGUUUAUGGAGGAAGGAGUUGGGAGAGUCUGCUCAGUAAAUUUAGUUUCAUCGAAAAGGGAAGUGCUAGUGAGCAGAAGCACAGUUUGUCAGCCAUGUUUGAUAUUCCACUUGAUUUCAUUAUUGACAAAUGCAUGCUGCAGGAAAUCUUGCUCCAGUACAAGUACGUCAGUAAGCUAGCCAUCAAGAUACUUGAAGGAUUUGAUUUGCAUGAACAUUAUAGGGUGCUGCGGCGGUACUAUUUUAUGGAAAUAGCAGAUUGGGCGGAUUUGUUUAUCAUGUCCCUUUGGCAUCAUAAAUGGCGUACUACUGAAGCUGGUCAAAGAGUUUCAGAAAUUCAAGGGCUUCUUGAGUUGUCAGUUCAGAGGUCUUCAUGCGAACGAGACCCUAAUAAGGAUCGGCUAUAUGUGUACAUAAAGGGGAAUGCUGUAAUUCCUCUUGCAACAUCUGCAAUUGGGGUCCAUUCCUUCGAUUUCUUGGGUUUGGGUUAUCAUGUGGACUGGCCACUCAGUAUUAUUUUGACUCCCAGUGCACUGAAAAUUUAUUCCGAUAUAUUCAGUUUUCUAAUACAAGUGAAGCUAGCUAUUUUUGCUUUGAGUGAUGUAUGGCGUUCAUUAAAGGAUUUGAUGCACUUCAGUGGUAAAAAUAGUCAUUCUGCAGAACAUGAAACAGAAGUGGGUCAAAUUAAUAUGCUGAUAAGAAUGAGGCAGCAGGUCAAUCAUUUUAUCUCUACUUUGCAACAAUAUGUGCAGUCACAAUUGUCUCACAUAUCAUGGUGCAGGUUUCUUCAUAACCUAAAGUACAAGGUCAAAGAUAUGAUGGAUCUGGAGUCGGUGCACAUGGAAUAUCUAACGGAUUCACUGCACAUAUGUUUUCUUUCUGAUGAAACACGACCUGUAGCCAGCAUCAUAGAAAGCAUUUUGCAGUGUGCCUUGAACUUCCGUGCUUGCCUUACAACCAGCAUUUGGGAUGUGGGGCUGGAUGAAGGGGGCUUGCGGGGGAAACUUUCUAGAAUCAAUAUAUCCCAGGUGCUUGCCAUAAAGCAGAAGUUCGACAAAAACUUAAAAGAAUUGCAUCUGUGUUAUCACAAGUCACCUAAGCAUGGAGAGUUUGGGCUUUAUUGUUUCUGGGGUCAUCUCAACUACAAUGAAUAUUACACGGACAACGAAAUGAAUCUUUAUGCCUUUUAAGAUAAGUCUUUACUCUAGGCUAACCACAGUGAAGAGCAGAUCGAUGACCAAUAUGCUAAAAUUAUUGCCAGACCCUUCCAUUAUUGAACUCCUUUAAGGACCUCUGGAUCUUGGUGUCUUCAAUCAGGAUGUUAUAGUAAUAUUUCUAUGUUGGUCCUUGUGCGUCCAAGGUGUGUUCCCUUGUUCAUUCCUGUGUCUAAGCUGUCUGCAAUAUGCAACUUUGGUAGUCUAGUGGUUUCAAGAUAGCCAGAGCAUUCUUCCUUUUUCUUUACUCAAACCUGUUUCCUGGGCGUGUAUUGUAAAUAUGAGCAUCCAGUAUAAGGGAUUUUUGAUGUUCCUUGCUCAGUUAGGGGCUUGAAGCUAUGGCAUUUAUGAGUAUAUAGGAUAUGAUGAUUAUAAGGAUGAUUUGCAGACAAGUUCAGAAUGAUCUCCUGUGAUGAAUACACAGAAUGUGGGAGAGGUGCCAGCAGCACAGCAAACUGAAUCGAUUCUUAAUGACAGGUGUUUGUACCCAUUUGUCUCUGUAUUUAAAAUUACUAAUUUGUUUGUGUUUGUAUUUCUUAUCCUUUAAUAUGUUUUCAUUUCUUCCUUUGUUGUGAUUUCGCUCGGUUUGACUCUUUCAUUUUUACUAAUCUGUGCUAUUUUCUUUUUUGUCGAGGUGCAAA